CAUGACCAUUCAAUCUUGUGUCUCCUAUUGUGCGUUUUCUUUUUCUCUAUAUAUCUAUUUAUCAGGAUGGCCAGAUUGCUCCUCACGUCGUCCCAGGUCCAGAUUAUCGCAUCCUGCAUAGUCGUGGUUCUCUGUACAUCAGCUUUGUUCAUCAGCGGCUAUGUCAUUCAACAACGAACACUGCGCGAGCUCCGCGUAGCCAUCAAACCUCGCAAUACCCGUCCGUCCCCUAAAGUCUAUCUCCCCGAGAAGUUCCGCACAAGAACCAAGGAGCUCGAGGAUGGAAGCGUCGUCGAUAUCGACACCGAAGCGGAUAUCGAAGUCAGGCGGCAACGUCUCCUAGUCGAGGUCAAGGAGACACUGCCCGGGGCCAAGUUGGAAAGCGCCGAGGGCAACGCUGCGUUGGAGAGGAACAUUGAGCUCGUGAAGCAGCUCCAGUCCAAGGUUGUGGAGAAAAUGUCGACUCCCGAGGGCCAUGUUGAAGCUCCCGUCAAGAACCACAAGCCCGUGAGCAGGGCUCAGAGGAGGAAGAUGAUCAAGAACGAGCUCCAGAAGCUGGCUCGAGCGGAUGAGCCAGCGUACUACCAGCGCAGGAUGUGGUAG